AUGCCCAAGAUCAAGCCAUCCAAGUCACGCUUCAAUAAAACAUUCACUGCCUGCUGGACUUGCCGAGCCCGCAGUGUCCGCUGCGACCAGGCAACGCCGCACUGUGAGCACUGCAAGCGAAGGGGACUCGUCUGCGAGGGCUACCACAUCCGGCUUGUUUGGGUCGAUAAGGAUACCGGGUCCUACGAGCCUAUGCAGAGACGAGGGUACGCCUGUGAACUUACUUGGAAGGGCUAUCCAGCGUGGACGCUCAAGGAAGUUGGACAUCUCAUCGAGACGUGUGACCAGAGGCCUGAAUCUUGCCGAUGCAGAGUACAUCACCACACAAUUACCAGUCCUUUCCAAGCAUUUUCCCAGGAAGAGUCAAGCCCAGAGGCGAGAGGCUUCAGCUGUGAACAUCUGAACGAACCCGAGAGUGGUUUCGUCGCCAGUAAUCCGAGCGACAAUGGCCAUGACGAAGCGAUGCUGCAGCUGACAUAUCCCGAGUUGGAUAUUGAACCACUGGAACCCGCGGACGAACAAAUGCGGCACUUGGACCAACUCGAGAUUCUGCUAAACCGAAUAUCUGCGACUGAGCACCUUCGGCUCCCGCCGUAUCAGCCACUCAUACCAACAGCCACACACUAUGAAAACUAUCUUUUCCAUCAUUACCUCCUUAUAUCCAGCGCAAUGUUACCUGUCGACGCAAAGGACUCCACCAACCCAUGGCGGUCUGUGUAUCCGUUGAUGGCAGCCCAAAAUACAACAUCAGGCCGGUCUCUUUAUCAUGCCAUGCUGGCACAGUCCGCACAUCAUUUAGGGAAGCUGAAGGGCGAGGAAAAUGGGCAGCAAGACAAGGUCAAAGCCAUAUACUGCUUCGGCAUGGCGCUUCGCGAGCUGCAGCAGGCUUUGGAGGAGCCGACACAAGACUACAGCAGCGUUCUGGCUGCCAUUCUCACCAUCACAAGCACCGAACACGUCUUCCGAAGUAGCUCCCAGGGCUGGCGAGAGCACUUUCGAGCGGCCACGGGCUUCGUAAUGCGCCACGUUGCUAGGAGGCCAUGGAAGCUCACUCACGAGGCGUGGGCUGUUACACAGAGCUUCGUUCUGUCGCACGUCAUCGCCCACACGGCCCACAAGCCCUAUACCCUCGCAAUUUCUCAAAGCCACGAAGAGAACGACAACUCUGAGGACGUGUACGACGUUCUCUGUGACACCACCGCCAACUCGAGCUUCGGCUACACGAUCGGUGGCACGGGACGUCUCAUCACGGCACUGUAUCACGUCCGUAGGCUCGAGGCUCAGAUAGCCGCGGAGGCCGGCACUACCACCAAUGCUACUGAUGCUCACGCCACGAAUCUUUCACUGGUCGAAGAGGCAGUCGCAAUACUGAAUGACCUUCAAAACCCCCCCGAUGAUGGGCUCGAUGCGUAUCUCGACUCAGCUGGCACUGUUCGUAUGCCCCUAGACCGCGCACGCACACUAGCCAGCCUCCACAUCAACCUGUUCCGAAAUGCUGUCGGCAUCUACCUGCUCAGUACCGUGCUGCGGUUCCCGCCAUCGACCGUUGCUGGAUACGUAAUAGACGUGCUCUCGGACGCGUGGCUUUUCGUGAACAUGUCCCCCCACGGCACCACAUACUGCUCCCUUUCGUUGUGGCCGCUAUUCGUGGCUGCCGUCGAUGCUUACUUGCCCGAGGCGCAGGACAUAGCAGAGCGCAUACUGGAACUGGUCGCGAAGACCAGCGGUGUCAAAAACCGCUGCGAUGUAAAGUGUUUGGUGCAUAAAGUCUGGGCCAUGCGUAUAGACCUGGCCCAGGAAUCCAACUGCGGCCCAGGCGAUGUCUGGAUCGACUGGCGAGAUGUCAUGACUCAGAUGGACAUGGAUAUCCUGUUUCUAUAA